UGUGACCAGUGGAUGGGUAGAAGAUAUGGAGCAGUGUGACAUGUACCUUGUGUGUGAACACUUGAUUAAUGACAAUCCUGGUGGCAAAAAUCCAGCUGAAGAUUCAUCCAUGGUGAGGUGACGCCGCUAGCAGGAUGCUUAGUUUUGUGCAGCACAUGGCAUCUGAAGGGUCAGGUGGGGGUCAUGCACACCACCUGGUGCUGGCGUCGCGUUUGGGUAAUAUCACCACGCCCAAACCCAUGGGCGGGGGAGGUUCCUCAGAGACUGUAUCCUUCGACAAUCUGUACCCCGCCAUUGUGCAGUGCUUUGCCAUCAUUUUCGCUGGUUAUCUGGCGGGUAGGACUAAUAUGAUCAAUGGCUCACAGGCUCGAGGUAUCGGAACAUUCGUGUCCAAAUUCUGCUUGCCGUCCUUGCUGCUAAAGAGCAUGUGCGAGCUCAAGUUCAACGAAGUGAACUGGAGGUUUCUUGCCAGCAUUCUCAUCGCCAAGACUGUGAUAUUUUUCAUCAUCGUAUUCUUCACCUUGUUAAUAAAACGCCCCGUCAACCUUGGAUACGCUGGUCUCUUCGCAAUAUUUAGCACCCAGAGUAACGAUUUUGCUUUUGGCUACCCUAUAGUACAGGCCCUGUACGAGGAGACCCACCCUGACUACCUGAAGUAUAUCUACCUCGUGGCCCCCAUCUCGCUUGUCUUCCUCAACCCUAUUGGUUUCAUGAUGCUGGAGAUUCACAAAAACCACUCCAAAGAGAAUCACAAAGGUGCCUGCAUCCUCAUCCUGCAUGUGGUGAGAGGCGUCAUUACCAACCCCAUCGUCUUCAUGACCGCCCUCGGCAUCAUCGCUAACUUCAUCUUCAACCAGACCACGCCUUACAUCAUCAAGGAUAUAUUGCAGGUCCUAGGUGAUGCCUACAGUGCGUCUGCCCUGUUUUACCUGGGCCUCAGUCUGGUGGGGAAGGUUCAUGGACAGGUGGGCUUUGCUCUCAUCGUCCCUGUCAUGCUUAUCAUGGCAAAGACAAUCUUGUUGCCGCUGAUCACAUGGGAGGUGGUCAGUGCCCUGCACUCCGGGGGAGUCAAAAAUGAAACAAUCUCGCUGAGUAUGUAUGGUUUUCUCUACGGCACAUUCCCAACAGCACCUAGUGUCUUCCUCUACGCCAGCCAGUACGCCAUUGCCACAGAGAUUGUGGCCUCGGGUAUGGUCGCAUGUACAUUUGUCGCUGCACCUCUCAUGUUCAUAUCAGCCAAGAUGAUGACCCUGGUGGUGAGCUCAGAGACGGACUACAAAAGCGUUCUACUGGACACCUCGCUAGAUGUCUCUAUCGUCAGUAUGAUCGGCUGUGUGUGGGUGGCUGGUGUGUUCAUUCUGUCCAGGAAGUGGAGGCGUGUGCCUCAUCAAUUCACACUCUGUCUUAUCUUCUCCCAGUUUUUGGCAUGCCUGGGUAUGGUCUUGUACCGGGCUCUGGAUGCUGAUGACACCUGGCAGCACUAUGCCCAGUUUGUCGUCCUCCUGGUGGGCGUGCUGUCGUCACGCUGCUGGACAGCCAUGAUCGCCGUGGCAAUAUGCCUAGAGCGCGUCAAGAGCCUGUGUUAUGUUUUGCGCGUCAGAGUCUGGAUGGCUUUCUUCGGGUUUGGGGUUCCAAUGAUUAGUACUGGCAUCCUGCUCAUAGCUGCCAAUAACCACACCAAGAAUGAGAUAGACCCAUCCUUCCACUAUGGAACAGACCAGACGAUCCUGUCAGUGGUGAUAUUGUUGUUGUGUUUUGUGAUCUGCGUCGUGUCGCUGGUGAUUCACCAGAGGACUGAAUGGCAUGCAAAGCAUCGCACGUUCUCCUGGGCCUCAGACGAAGAGGAACCCCUGUUCUCUAAUGUCGACGAGACGAUGUCAUCUGGCCCCAAUAUGGCAGCCACAGAAGUCAACGGGGCCAUCAACGGAGCUGUCAAGAGUGAGGUUGCCAAAGUGAAAUCAGUGAAAGGCAAGAAGAGAGAGAAGGUCACGAACUGUCACAACUGUGAAAAUAGUGAAGCCAUUCGCUGUGGAGGAACAGGAGAAGUUCAGAGUAUAGAGGAUAUCAUCCCGUUCCCUAAAUCUCAGGACAGUCUGGGGUCAUCCACGACCAGCAACAGUGCAGACAGCAUGGAGUCCCUCCUGCAUGAGGUGAUAGAUGAUCACACCUGUGUCACGGCCUGCAAUGAUCAGCAGCGGCGUGAGUGUGAAGGUCUGCUGCGGCAUUACACGGCUGUCAACGCGGAGAAGGAGGAGGAGCCGAAAGUGCUGACGAGGGAGGCGGAGCGUGAGAGUCAGGGAGACAUGCAGCUGUCACGACACCUAAUUCUGCUGUUACUGCUCUGUCUCUCCAUGUUCAUUGGUCUAUUUCUGUGUGUGUGGAGAUUGUUUAACAAGGAGACUUCUGGCAUCUACGUGGAGAUUGAAUUCAUCGACGGGGUCUUCAACUAUGGACAGGGCUUCCUACUCUUUGCGUUGUUUGGCUUGGACUCUCAACUUAUUGUGGUACCAUUUGUCAAAAGGUGGCGUCGUAUGAUGUACGGUGUAGAGGUCGUGACCUUGCCAAAGAGCUCAGAUCUGGAUGAGGAGACCAAGCACGUGUGUGAUCAGUUCGUGAGAUACCAUAAAGAAAAUUGUAAGAAAGAGAUAGUCCAGGAUCUCAGGUACCGGCUGAGAGUGUACAAGAACGUAUUUUCUGGGACGGACUUGUGUGAAUGGCUGAUGGAGGCGGGUCUUGUACAGGAUCGAGGUGAGGCGCUGACGUACGGACGGAAACUCUUGAUGGGCGGCGUCAUCCGACACGUCAAGAACGAACAUCAUUUCCAUGAUAUGCCGUAUUUUUACACCUUUGUGGAAGGUGAAGGGGGUGAUAGGUAGUCAAGAGCGUUUAGCCAUGACGGUUUUACAGACUGAAAUCUAAAACCUAUGACUGGUUUUUGAGUGAAUUUGUGCAAUUGGCUGGUUCAUUUAUAAAUACCAGGUGGCUAGUGAUGUGUUGUACUGGAGCAGGACUUCCAUGUGCAUAGCGAACAAACAGACUCAGAUUUAUAGUGGAUGGAGUUUUCACAGGUUAUAACAGGUGAUUUACUACCUUGUAGCUUUGCGCAUUGUGAAAUGCGUAAAAGUUGUUUGCUUUGCAUAUUGGUCAACAAAACGACUUCAACCAAUAGUUGUUAAGAAUGUAUUUUGAAAGAGCCAGCAUAGAGAGCUGAAUUGUUACUGUUUGUUAUUGAGUGGAGUUCAUGUGUAUUUGGACACAACAAUGUAAUUCCAUCCUUGGUUUGAAUAACAGGUUAACAUGAGGUGAACCUAUGAUUUUCAUGCUACUUCCAUCUGCAAUAAAUGUAGAUCACACAAGGAUUUGAACUCCACAGCUGAAGUCCAGCACUGUGCCAGCUGUGCUAAAUGGAGAUUCCCACCAGCUACUACUGUGGUGGCCUGAGCACUGGAAAGAUGUUCUCAUUACACAGCAAAUCUUCCUUGGGUUUUCUUGUGGCAGGACUGGUUAUGGCGCUGCCUCACUAAAGCACUGCGCUGAAAAAGAUCGCCAUGAGGCACUAUAUCUAGUUGCUAGUCAUGGGUGUGCUGAUGUUUGUACAUGCUGAGAUCAGGCUGUAUACUCAGGUCUAUGCUGACAGAUUGAUGUCAUUUUGUAAUAACCAUGGCAGUUUGUAAUAAUCAUGUCAGUGUGUAAUAAUCAUGUCAGUGUGUAAUAACCAUGCCAGUUUGUAAUAACCAUGUCAUUUUGUAAUAACCAUGGCGGUUUGGUGUGUAUUUGAUGGAAUGAUGUCCAUUUGUUUAUUAGAAUCAUGUUUUUUCUGAACAGAGAUGCGUCUAGAAUGUGAUAAAUUGUUUAUGAUCUCAUCCAGUAAACCUUACCAAGAAAAUUUCAUAUAUUUGUUAAAAUUGAGUGGAGUUCAAUAGCAUUUUUUGUUAUGCUCACAGGAGUGAGCA